CUGGAAAAUCCAACCCGCCACACUUGCGGUCAACAUUACUAAUCCUUUCAUUUCAUUUGUUUGUCUCUCCGAACUUAACUUUUCAAAACCUUCGAAAAUUAAUAAAAUUUCAAAAAAAAAAAGAAAAAAAACACAGGAGGAAUUGGAGUCAAUACUCGACUGACAUGGCUACACUUCGGCCGCCUAGAUCGGUCUCCUCCCGAGACAGUUCUGAUGGUAGCGAGAGGUUGGACGGUGCUGGUAGCUGGGACGCCCUUGAAUGGACCAAAAUUGAGCCGGUUACAAGAUCUGUUUCUCAUGUUAAUUCGGAGUUUCUGCUUGAAGCUGAGCGAGUUAUAGAGGAGGGCCAUGGUGUUGUUCUUGUUAAUAGAGAUGAGGCCGGAACUUUGUUCAUUACCAACUUUCGACUUCUCUUUCUUAGUGAUGGCACCAGAAAUAUUGUUCCACUAGGCACCAUUCCUCUGGAAACAAUUGAGAAAUUCAACAAAAUGGUAGUGAAGAAUCAAUCAGCUGCUCGCCAAAUUGAUAGAUCUCCAUCUCGUCGUCUCCUUCAAAUCAUAGGAAAAGAUAUGAGAAUUAUUGUGUUUGGUUUUCGCCCUCGAACCAAGCAGAGACGUGUUAUAUUUGAUGCAUUACUGAGAUGUGCAAAGCCAGCAAGAAUUUGGGAUCUUUAUGCUUUUACUUGUGGACCGUCCAAAUUCAGUAAGCCAAACUCAAAGGUGCGGUUACUGAAUGAAUACUUCCGCCUUCUUGGAAAAGGCUCCCAUUGUGCAUCUGUGAGUAUGGUUGAAGAGGGGUCAUUUACAUUGUCUAAUGAUUUAUGGAGAAUAAGCAACACAAAUUCCAACUAUACAGUGUGUUCGAGUUAUCCAUUUGCAUUGAUUGUUCCAAAAAGUAUUAGUGAUGAAGAAGUGAUCCAAGCUUCAACUUUUCGUGCAAGGUGUAGGAUACCUGUAGUUUCUUGGUGUCACCCUGGAACUGGAGCAGUUCUUGGCCGUUCAGCACAACCCUUGGUUGGUCUUAUGAUGAAUAUGAGGAGCAAUGCCGAUGAAAAGUUGGUCGCUUCGCUUUGCACUCAACUUGUUGAUGGAAAGGGUUCAAGGAGAUUUUACAAUGACAUCAUUUUCAUAACACAUGGGAGCUUGCUCACAAAGAAAGAUCCUCAUGUUUUUAGAAAGCUAUAUAUUGCUGAUGCAAGACCAAGAAAAAAUGCAUUGGCAAAUGGAGCAAUGGGAGGGGGCUCGGAGUCUUCUUCAAACUAUUUUCAUUCUGAGAUAGUUUUCUUUGGGAUAGACAACAUACAUGCAAUGAGAGAAAGUUUUGCUCGGCUUAGAGACUAUUUAGACACUCACGGUGCCGCAUCAUCAGAUGGAAUGUCUUCAUUUUUGAGACAUGGCGGUUCAACUUGGGGUGGAGGAAAUCUCAGCAGUAUGUCUGCUUCAGUAUCAACCCUUGGUGACAGUGGUUGGUUAAUACAUGUUCAAAGUGUCUUGGCUGGUUCAGCUUGGAUCGCUGCACGCAUUGCUUUGGAAUCAGCGUCUGUGCUUGUGCAUUGCAGUGAUGGAUGGGAUAGAACAAGUCAGCUGGUUUCACUAGCAAAUCUGAUGCUUGAUCCAUAUUACCGGACAUUCGCAGGUUUUCAGGCACUUGUUGAAAAAGAUUGGCUAGCUUUUGGUCACCCAUUCUCAGAUCGCAUUGGAAUGCCAAGUGUGUCUGGAACUUCAUUUGAUUUAACCAGACAAUCUUCCACUGGGAAUCUGUCAUCAUCUCCAGUACGCCAAUCUUCUGGAUCAUUCACACCUCAAACUUCUAAUACAUCUCAUGCGCAGAACAAUUAUUCCCCCAUAUUCUUGCAGUGGGUUGAUUGUGUUUCUCAGUUGUUAAGGGUGUAUCCAUUUGCUUUUGAGUUCUCCUCAACUUUCCUGGUGGAUUUCUUGGACUGUGUGCUCUCAUGUCGUUUUGGAAAUUUCUUAUGUAACAGUGAGAAGGAGAGAGAAAAAUGUGGUAUCUAUGAAGCAUGUGGAUGCUUGUGGGCCUAUUUUGCUGAUCUGCGUUCUUCGGAGGGGAGUUCUCAUGCCCAUUAUAACCUCUUCUAUGAUCCAUUGAAACAUAAUGGGCCAAUUUUUCCUCCAGCAGCUGCUUUGGCCCCAACACUUUGGCCCCAAUUCCAUCUUCGUUGGGCUUGUCCUUCUGAAUCCCAAGCUGGUGAACUUGAGGCUGAAUCCAGGAGCAUGGCUAUAAAGUUUUCUGAACUGCAAAAGGCUAAAGAAGCAGCUGAAAUGAAAGCUAAAGAGUACUCUGUGGCCAUGGAAACAUUGAAGGCAGAAUUACGGAAUGAGAAACGGCUCAGUAGCUCUGCAGUGAACUUGGCCCAAAGAGCCAGCAAGGAAAGUGUUGCCAUUAAGCGAGCCAUACUGUCGCUGGGGUGCAGGGUUAACUACACAAGUAAUGGUGACUGUACUGUUGAUGUUGAAAGUAAUCCAACAGGAUCUCAAGAAAAAAGUAUACAGUCUCCUCCUAGAAAAGAAUCUGAUGGUACAAUGGAGCGUGAUGACAACUCAGAUUUGUCUGUUUCAGUUACAGUUGUGUCGGAUGAUGUUUCCAGCAGUCCACUCGGUCAAGUAUGUGAAACUUUAUGUCCUUUGCGUACACGGGAUGGCAGCUGCCAGUGGCCAAGUGCUGGUUGUGCUCAGCUUGGUAGUCAGUUUGUUGGACUGAAGGCAAAUUUUGAUGCAUUUGACCACCUGUCUAUUUACGAUAGUUAUUUUGAGUCUUAACUGAAAAUUUGGAUAUGUAGUUUCGGUAUAUAAUCAGAUUUCACAGAUUCAAUACAAGAAGCCACAACUAUGGCUCUUUUGUCAGAAGCUGGCCUGGAGGUGAGGCAAAAAUGUACUGCCCCAGCUUUUCAGAUUGGUCUGGGGAUAUGUUGUUUAGAGAAUGCAGUCAUUUGUUAUCUAUCUAGUUUAGAUAUGAUGAACAGAAGCAAGAACUUGUUCGUUUUAGAGGCUAUGUGAUUGAUGCUGGUUUGGUUUUUGGUACCAUUCUUCAGUAUCAGCUGCUAUUACAUGGUCAUUCCUUUCUGGAAUAAGAUUAGUGAGUGUAAAGAUUACGAGACCUACUUAUUUUCUGCCAUUGCCCCAUAAUCAAUGUAUACCGAUUGACUGACUUCAUACAGGUUCACUAGUAAAAUUCCUUUUCUUGAUUUUCUUA